UUACCAAUAGCAUUCCUCUGUGGGCGGGACUUAGUACCGCCUCGGGGCCUCAGCCUCUUGUCAAUCCCAAACGGAUUGUUUGUUGUCAAAAUGGAGUUCUUACUUGGAAAUCCGUACGGCACUCCCGUGGGCCAAUGUAUAGAGAGGGCCACAGAUGGAGGCCUCCAGAACGAGGACUGGACCGUCAACAUGGAGAUCUGUGACAUCAUAAACGAGACGGACGAGGGGCCAAAAGAUGCCAUGCGGGCAUUAAAGAAGAGACUUGGUGGCAACAAGAACUACAGAGAAGUGAUGCUGGCGCUGACGGCUUUGGAGACCUGUGUGAAGAACUGUGGUCACAGGUUUCAUGUGCAGGUGGCCACCAGAGAUUUCAUCGAGGGUGUGUUGGUCAAAGUCAUAUCCCCCAAAAACAAUCCUCCAACCAUCGUACAAGACAAAGUGCUGGCGCUCAUACAGUCCUGGGCUGAUGCCUUCAGGAGCAGCCCUGAUCUCACUGGUGUGGUCCACAUUUACGAAGAGCUGAAGAGGAAAGGCAUUGAGUUCCCGAUGGCGGACCUGGAUGCGUUGUCUCCCAUCCACACACCGCAGAGAGGAACCCCAGAGGUGGACCCAGCCAUGAUCAAGUACCUCACCCCGGUCUCUCCUGCCGCUGUGACCCCUUCCCCCAUCCCGUCUCCUGCCCCCCCCACACACACCUCCCACGUGCCGGGCCCAAUCACAGCAACCCCUGACCAGAUCGCCCGGCUGCGCAGUGAGCUGGACGUAGUGAGAGGAAACACCAAAGUCAUGUCGGAGAUGCUCACUGAGAUGGUGCCUGGGCAGGAAGACGCCUCAGACCUAGAACUGCUUCAGGAGCUGAACCGAACCUGCAGGGCGAUGCAGCAGAGAGUCGUCGAGCUGAUUUCACGCGUCUCUAACGAAGAAGUGACUGAGGAGCUGCUGCAUGUCAACGACGACCUGAACAACAUUUUCCUCCGAUAUGAGCGGUACGAGAGGUACAGGUUGGGCAGAGCGGCACAGAACAACGGGAUGUUGAAUGAAGCCACGGAGGACAACCUGAUCGACCUGGGCCCGGGGUCCCCGGCUGUGAUCACACCCAGGAUCAUCAGCUCCAGCCCAACACACCGCAUCGCAGGGGCCACUGCCUCCCCCGCCCGUAACCCACCUACAGCCUCGCUAACAUCUGCAGUAGCGAGUAUCGAUGUGUCUUCAGACAGCGGGAGCCGGCCCCCCUCUUCUCUACCGGGCCACAACAAGGAUGACUUCGACAUGUUCGCCCAGACCAGGACCAGCUCUCUGGCUGAUCAGCGCAAAAAUGUAAAGUACGAGGACCCUCAGGCUCUGGGCGGCCUUGCCUCAGCUCUGGAUGUGAGACAGCAGAAUGCAGGGGGGCUGAGGGUAGAAGGGGAUGAUAACCCAGCAGAUCAGGAGCUGCCCAUAGACAGCUGGCUUAUUACCCAAGGAAUGAUCCCAGUACCGCAGUCCUCUGUCAUGGAUGACAUAGAGGAGUGGCUCUGUGCUGACGUGAAAGGGGAUGCUGCUGAGGAAGGGGUGACCAGUGAAGAAUUCGACAAGUUCCUGGAGGAGCGAGCAAUAGCUUCGGACUCCCUGCCGUCUCCCCCGGGAGCUCACCCUGCUCGUGCCGCUGAUGGCUCCCACAAGAAGGCCGAGCGGACGGAGGACGCCCUCUUUGCCUUGUAGACUGUAGACCCUGGAUCUCUCUCCGGUGGCAUCCAAAGGUCUUCGUCCUAAAUGAUCCCUCCGAAACAGUCCCUCCUGUCCCAUUUCAUCGCUAACUGGCAGUGGGGUAGCAAGCUAUCUCCAGCUCCUUGUCAUUCUCUUGCCACGGUGUUGCUCUAACAUGCAGAGAUGUUUACUGUGCACAACUGUUUUGCGCUUUACUCUAUAUGGAUGUAUUAAUCUGUUACUAUGGGAUGUAUUACUCGCGGCCCUGCAGCUCAUUUGUAACACUCCACCAAAGGAAGACAACCUAACUGGUCAGAUGUGGUUUUUAAAUGUGGUAUAUUACUGCGAAAUGAAUGGAAAGAUUCACAGUAGGUCCAUGAAUUGAGUCAGUAUAGAAGCAUACAAUUGGGAUUAUAUUAUGUUGCUUCACUACAUUCAGCUAAUUGCUAAUGUAUGCAUUUAUUGUUUUAAAGAUGUGUUCUAUGACGUACUACUAGCGCUGUGGUUAUGGUUGAUCCAGGCAUUUUCUUUUCUCUGCAAAUACUCCAGUUAGAGCUUUAGUAACGCUUUUAACACUGGAUGUGUGGACGGCAACAUGUGGUAAUAUUAACUGAAGCAGUAUGGACAAAAAAUGUAUGUAAGCAGGCUGAAUUUAACAAGGGAUAUAAUAGCUAAACUAUAUAUAUAUAUAGCUACUCUUGAUGAGUGUAUGCCAGCAUUCCUCUAACCAAAGGGAAUACAAAACAACAAAUCUAAAAAGCACCAGUUAGGAUUCUGUUAUGUAAUUUAAAUGGCUAUAGGGAUGGUCGUGCCCCAUUAAGUAUUUAAGCUACGAUAAAUUAGUUGGCUGCUUUUGAACGAUUACACAUUUUUUUUAGCCAUUCCAAAGAAUAGUAAGGCUUUAAUGAACAACUAGCUCUGAAAUGAACCUGGAGAACAGAAAUCAUGUUCAUGUGUUAUAGAGGUUAAGGGAUCACGAACAGUUAUUUCCCCUACUAUAUUAAUGUCUGCACUUUGAAGCAAAAACUGUAUUUUGUCCUUUUGUGUUUACGAGAUGGUUACUAUUUUUCUAUGCGAUGGUAAAAGGUCUUAAGAUUGACUUCGUCUUGCACAUAACUUUUGUAUCUGUAAUCGUAGCGCUGUUCACACAGAAGUGGAUUGAUAGAGGGUUCAAUUAAUGAUUACAAAAACGUAUAAGAAUAGUAAUAAUGAGCUAUAGAUGGAUGGAAUAUGGCAUCUAAAUUAGCAGCAUAGCUUUGUGGUGGCGCCAUAAUCAACUCGCAUACAAAAUGUAUAGCUUACAAUAUUGCACUACUGUAAAGUGUGUAUCUGUAAAGAAAGAGCUUAAUUUACCAUAAACUAUGUAAUCUAUAUACCUCAUAAUAUAGCAAUUUUAGUUAUAACACAUGUAUUGGCUUAUGGAUCGUAUCCAGAGAGGUUUAUGUGUCAUUUCAUCCCCUGAUUGUAUUUUUUGUAGUUCAUGUAAAAACAUGUUUAGGUCCUUUAUCAUGUAUUUAUUUGUGGUUGAGGCUGAAGAGGGCAGCAAACAAACACAAUACUUUCUUUGAUUUGUGCAGGCAAAGGCAAACUUAUUCUUCGUUUCUUUUCAUUCAGCAUUAUUCAUCGGCUCCUGUCCAUGUCUGAUUUCAGCAAAGUAUCUCUGACAGGAGUUUGUCUGUGUUGAACUUAAGAUCACACUUUGAUGCAAAAAGCAAUCCUGUUGUCAUUCCAAUGUUUGCUGAUGCCCUGGUUUGUUUUACUGAUGCACUGCACUUGAAAACUUGAACGAUUUUAUUCCUUUUGUCCAUUAAAGACCAAAAGCUUUCUUAAAAAGGGCAUCCCACAUUUUUAGAAGCUUAAUUCAUACAUUACUUGUCCGUAUAGAGGGAAACAUUCCUGAUUUCUUAUACGUUGUUAACAUAAUUGCAAUGGUGACAUUGUACAAUUCUGUGUCUGCAUAAUCAUUAUGUUAAAUAUUGACAUGUAUUUUAGUUGAGUAAGAUUAAUGAUUUAUGAGCUUUAACUUUUUGUUUAAUGCAUGUGGUUAUACAGGUUUAAUAUGGUUGCCAGGUAACUGAGAUAAUAGCGUUACAUUUACAAUCAACCAUUGUGUUCACUUUAAAACAACCUUCUACAAUUGCAGGCUGAACAAAGUAAUAUUAAAAAUGUAACAUGAGAUCCUUUAAAAGGGAACUUGAGUAUUUUUCAGUUUGUGUGUUUAGUAUCUCUUGAUCUGUAACGGAUUGUUUUGUGUAACUUGCUUUUAUGAAGCUUGAGUCCUGAUUGCAACAUGUAUUCCUCUGAUUUUUGGCUAUCUCAAAAUGGUUACUGAAUGUCUUUUAAUACUGAUGAAGCCGAUCAAUCAGCUGAUGUUUGUGGACUUGGAAGAGAGGCUAGUUUUGUUUCCAUGCCAGUGUGGCUGUGCUGUCUGCUGCCAUUACUAACGGUCAGAUUUUGUUUGACCUAAUGCACGUAUGUAACUGCCCAAUAAAACACUAGCAAUGUGUGAGCGCUACCUCACAA